AUGGUCACUUUUGUACUUCUUGGUGCUAUUCUCUUCUGUACUCUUAGCGAUGUACUAUCUUCACCGAAUAUCGACAAGAUUUAUCAUGGACCGUAUGUUGCGCGUUUGAUGGGUAAUAAUUCAAUAGACUUCGUUUCUAAGAAUGUUCUGGGCCCACUUGAAUUUCGUUUUAAUCCGAACUCCCAUAUCAAUGGAUGGUGGUGUGUAAAAAUGGACGAAAUAACACCAGGAUGGUCGAACAAUUAUUUAUGCACAAACAAAGAUAUCGGCCUUGUUUGGCGUGCUCAUCGUGACCAAUGUCAACCCAACUUGAAGUGCACAGCUACAGUAGAACCACUUGAUCCCCAAGUAUGGUGGUGGCAGGAUAAUGCUCUCUGUCUACCGGUUACAUCCAAUGUUGAGCUGGUUUGGUCCUAUUGCGGUACAUUACCACAAAUGUCAUGCGUGCAUAUGUUCGACAGUGUGUCUCCUGCACCAUUUCUUGAUAAUUACCUGUGCUGGAAGGAAUACUAA